AUGAUAAAUGAUAACAAGGAGGUGAUAGGUUUUAUGGCUCUCAGCGAUCAUCCUAAUGUACCCGCAGUUGAUCCGUCUGAUUGGGAAGUAUGGAUGCGUAAUUUAUUUCAAGAAGAAGAUAAUGAUGAUAUAGUAAAGCUACUCGGUAAUAACUGUCCGAGAUUGCAAGAUGAAUAUGGCGAUUAUUACAUCAGCGAAAUUAUUGGAUGUCAUCCAGAGAUGAAUAGAAAAAUUAUCGUGGCUGAGUAUCAAGAUCACGCCGUCGGUGUAAUGUGUUUGAAUACUGAAAUUAAUUAUGAAAUGCUUCAAAAAACCUAUGAUCUAACUCCUUUUCAUGGAUUAAGAAAAUCUACACCUCUAGAAAAGGAGAAGUAUAAACGAGCAAAUAUGCUUCUAGAUAUAUUUGGAGAUCCUAUAAUGCGCGGCAAGUGGAGUCCGUUCCGUGAUAAUACAAAUACUGUACAUGUUGAUUCAAAAUAUAAAGAUAAAAGCAGUAAACGUUCCAAAUCUGCUAGUAAAGUAAAUUUCGAUUCGGAAGGCAUGACAAAACGAAGUUUCGAACAUUUCUAUUAUCCGAAUACGUCCGAGGAUUUCAGCGAGAAGGAAAUUAAUUCUCCGUCGCUUUCAGUAGCAACUAAUCCAUCGAUUAUGAAUUUCUUCUUAGACGACGAUGCUUUUGAGUACGAGAUCGUUAAUAUAGAUAAAACAUUACUGACAAUACCCGAGGGAUUGUCAUGUGAUUUAAUGAGGACGAGUUCGUUGUUCUUCCUUCCAGAUUCAAACAAGAAAGAAUCCAAGUCAUCGUCUGAGCGUAAAUCUCAAAUUAAAAUUCAACAUGAAAGUCCCAGUCCUAUAAAAGAAGUUCAUGUUCCAAAAUAUCACGGAGGACCAAAUGCUUUUAUUAUCGAACUGUUUGGUUUACGUGAUGACAUCGACGACAGGAAAAUCCGAGCUCGUAAAGCCGAAGUAAUGGAUAUUCCCCAAGUAUCACAUUUAUUGCAAAGCUUAGACGGUAAAGAAACAAUAUGGACGGUUGAAAAUACUAUAUUAAAUAAAAAUCGCUUGGAAUGUUUUGUGUUUAUGAGUGGUACCGCUUUAAUAGGAGUUGGUAUUUUAGAACAACCAGAACAAAUAGAAUUCAUGCGAUCUAAGUUUAAUUUAGACUCACUAAGACUUCAUAAGUAUCACAUACAAGCGGGCAAAAAUGCUGGUUUUGUGACACUAAAGGCUAUUGUAGUUUAUUCGGUAUUUGAACCGCAUUAUAGAUUCUUUGCAAGAGAAUUGUUGAGACUAUCAGGGAAUAAUUCACUUCUGUGGUUAACUGCGUAUAAGAAUAAAUGGGUAACACAUAAAGCGAAUUCCUUGGCUGGAGCAAUGAUACCUCUCACACCAAGACCGACAGAGAUCGACUGUACAUCUGUACCAGAAUUAAGAAGAAUCCGCAAUCUUUCAAAGACUGUCGACUCAAGUUCCUAUUUAUUCUUCACUAAUGUAACACUAGUUUCGCCCGACGGCUUGCCUUAUGCGAGACGGACGAAACAUACAUCGGAGAUGAUGUUCGAGAAAUAUCGCUUGAAUUCAGAUAAAUAUUUGAAAAGUAUGCCUUAUACUUAUUACGUGAACGUCGUACAGGGUUACUUAAUCGACAUAAACAAGAGAGGUGAAAUUCCUUUGUACACUCGUUUGGAUAUUCCUCAAUCUAAUCCGGAGCCAAUCGUUAGCAACUUUACACCGUCUAAUGUUUUCAUUGUAAACAGUAUACAUGAUGCUAACAGAGCUCUAAAUUUUGUUAAAUUAUUCAUGUGGCAAGAUAUGGAUUCUAUUAAUAAAAGCGGCAUGGCUUACGAUGGAGGUAUACUCAUAGAUCAUGAGUUCAAAACAAAAGAUCCUUCGAUAUACGCAGCGGGAUCGGUCACGAAGUAUUAUAGAAAAUACCAAGCAGAGAACAAAAGACAAAAAUAUUACGAUGCGUAUGAAGUGGGAAUGACGUUGGGCAAUCAAAUAAGAAACAAAUUAGACCCACUGCUUACAGAAGUAAAGAAUUCGGAAAAAUUUCCUCGAAACUCAUUAAAAAAUGUCAGUUUUGAUGAAACCUCUAUAGGGAACACGUCGUUUAAUAGUUGCGGAUCUCGGGAAUCUCGAGAUAUUGAAGUAUGUCCUGACCUACCUCAAUUUAAGAAACCUCUUGUAUUGCAUUGUUAUUUACCUGGAGGGCUACAGUACUUAGAAGUAUGUCCUCCGGGAAAAAAAUUACCACAUUAUUAUGUACAGUCUUUAGAGUAUAAUGGACAGAGUCAAGGUGACCCUCUUGCUGAAACUGUUAGGAAUAUUGGUGACAGCAUAAGCAAUCAGUCUUGCAAACUAAGGACAAAGUCCAAGAUUCGAUCCAGAUUCGAAAAGUCACCGUAUUACGAAGCCAUUACUGACUAUGUUAUUAAAUGGCUAUCAGAAAACGAUAUUCUACUGCCGAUGUAUUUACAGCCGUGGCAGACGACGGACUACGCCCACGAUGUUGACAAACAUCCAGUAUUUAGAAAACGAAGGAAGACUAUGACUAAAAUGUUAUCUACGAUCUUUUAA